AUGCCGAGCAAAUUUUCCAAGAGGAUAUCGUCAAGUGUGAAUGACUUUGCUCAACAUACCAGGUAAGAUUACUGUGGAAAUGUCAUAUAAUUCAAAAACAGUGCCCAUGGAAUUCCGCGUGCCUCGAGUUCGACGGGACUCAGAAAAACUCUCUGGCUGUUACUCUUCUUUACUUGCCUCGGUGCCUUCUUUGUCCAAGCUUAUCAUAUUGUAAAGAGAUUUACGAGGAAUGACAUUAUUGUGGGAGUUGAACUCAAGUUUGAAAACAUCCAUUUCCCCAGUGUUACAGUAAGGUCAGAUGGUCUUAGAUCGAAGUGUUUAGGUUUGCAAUCUCAAUCCUUACAAAAACAGUCUGGCUCGGAUGCUAGGAUCAGUCCGAGAUACGGUAAGUAGUAUACGUAUCGUGGAGUGCCUUAUGUUUAAAGUUGAUCGCGUUUGAUGACGCCAUCGAAAGAUCGGACCACAGCAAACGUUCCAAAAGGGAGAUACGCCAUGAAGAAGCGCCCAGACAAGAAGUUAUCAAGACUUUAUGCAAAGAGCAUGGCCCUUCUUAUGUCCCCUACAAAUACGGCAACACUGAUUGUAUUUGUCGUCGGAACAACGAAUUUGAUCUGACUUUCGAAUGUUCUCCCGCCGCAUCUUGGCGUGUUUAUGUGGCAUGUGAUCGGUGCAGCGAGAUAACUGGUGUAUGUUCGGAAGAAGGAAGUGGAGAAAGUCUUUGUCAUUGUAAUCAGGAUCUGUGCAUUUUGGCAUCAUUCUCAACAGUAAGGCCAUACUUUCUGUCAUUUAUUAUUUAGGUCUCAGUACGAUGGCCUUUGUUGGCUAAGGAUAUUAAAUGUGAUAGUUGUGAAGACCAUUGCAUUCGAAAUGAUUCUGGAGGAAACUGUACUUGUAUUGGGAUCUACGGGACCAGGGACACUUUCUGUGAACGGAAAUACGAUUGGAAAAUCUGCAAAUGCAACGAAUGUUUCCAUGGUGGGACUUGUGUCUACAGCCCCUCAGGGAAUGUGGAUUGUAUUUGCAAUCGAAGGAAGAUUUGUUUUGAAGCUCACCAUACCUUGGACCGCGCGAAAAGAGAUACUGAGAUUGGCGCAACAACUUUGUUGAAAUCAAAAAGACAGAUUAAAAAAUUAUACGAGAAAAUCUACAGUAGUUAUGAGGGAUUGUUGGCCGUAUAUUCCAUGUGUGAAUGCCAAGGUUCUAACUGCAAAGCUUUAAAGGUACGUUUGCUUUUACUAUUGUUCGUACUAAACCUACCGAUAGACGUAUUUAUAAGGCGUGCGCUGUGUGAACCGGCACAGUAAAAAAUUGGUUCUUUGUUUGGCAAGGCAAUACAAAUCAGAAGAAAAGAGAAAGAAAAAUAUGUUUUUUUUUAAUUUUUUGAAUAAUGGAAUUACGCUAGAUUGUGUCAAAAAAUAUAUAUAUAUAUAUAAUAUAUAUACUUGCAGAAUAACAAUCAAGGUGAAGUCUGUCUUUGUUUUUACAACAAGAAGAAUAGUCAGAUAUGGCCAUGUUACCCUCCCCACAUGUGGUCCGAGAGAAGAUGUAAUAAGUGCUCUCCCUUGGGAGACUGUGUAUACACGGACAACACCGACGGCCAACUCCCUUGUGUGUGCGCUUCGGUUAUCAGGUGAGUACUGUAAGGCAAUAUACUUUUAAUACUCCUGAAGAAUGUGCGUUCGCAUUGAAGAACGAACUCCAGAGGAGGAGGUGUUGGCCACAGAUGUAUUGCCGGAAGUCCCUGAAGAGACGAAUUCCAGUUCUUCCUUAGUCCUUGGAAACAGAAUCCCCAAGAUCUGGGAGUUUACCACAACUACCACAGAGACCCUGCCGGAAGAAGAAGUCAGUGACAAGGAGAUGGCCUACGGACUGAAGGGAGUCGAAGACCCUGUGGCCAUACGAGCAACGGCGGUGGAGAAUCUGAUAUUCGCUGUAAAUGAACUGAAUCAGAGUGAGAUCGGAAGGAUCGGAUACGACAAGACCGAGUUCAUCACCAAAUGCAGCUUCAAUGGCCGGCAGUGUUCCAUCGAAGAGUAUAUUUAUCUUAUUUUACACGAUCCAUUUCAGCGACUUUUCCGUUUAUAUCGACCCGUCAUUUGGGAACUGUUUCACCUUUAAUUACAACACUUCAAAAAUGAUUCGAAGCGAACGAGCGGGAUCCAAUUACGGUAUUCCGAUAAUGACGUACAUCUAUUCAUUUUAGGAUUGAGAUUUCAAGUUUUUGUAAACAUAUCAGAUUAUUUACCAACCACGGAGGCAGCUGGUGUCAGGAUAACUGUUCACAGUCCCACAGAGCAGCCCUUUCCGGAUACGCAUGGGUACAGUGCUCCCACAGGGUUUGUAAGCUCUUUUGCCAUACGAUUAGUAAGUGUUCCCGAGGACUAUAACGAUGAUUAGAAAAGCAUAAAUCGUCUCCCAAUGCCCUACGGACAAUGUGUCCAAGAUGGAAAGGACGAGGAUUACAUCUUCCAGGAUAAAGAAUACUCCACCGAGGUAGCUGAUAUAAUAAAUAUAAUUAAACGGUCCUUUCAGGGAUGCCAAAGGACUUGUAUUCAGAAGUAUCUUGUACAGAAAUGUGGAUGUGGGGAUCCCAGAUUCCCGACUUACCAGAACCAUUCUAAUUGCCCUGUGGCUGUUUCAGCUUUGCGUAAGCAAAAAAAUUACUUUUUUUAUGGGUUUAGGUGAUUGCCUGCGGGCAGAAAUGAAACAUGCCGCUAGACUUGACACAUGUAUAUGCCAGCAGCCUUGCAAGUAAGUCCAUGUUAUGUUUACAAAACAUAUUUUUACAGUCAAGAAGUUUACACCGUCUCCUACAGUUGUGCAAGGUUGGUUUGGUAUUUUUUUCUUAAUUUAUUUGCAGAUGGCCUUCAGGGCAAAGUGCGGGGGCUUCUCAGGAGUGUGGUCCCUUGCUGACGCCCCAACAAUGUCUCCAUUUCCAUCGAGAACAAGCCGCUUUGAUCGAAGUCUACUUCGAACAACUUAAUUAUGAAUCUCUUAAAGAGAGCGAAGCCUAUGCGGUAGGUAGAUGCUCGAUUUUAAACCGCGUUUUUACGGAUUGAAGCUUCUCAUAACCAAGGCCGAGCAUUUCAAAAAAAAAACGACCGUCUCAGAAUCUUUUGAAAUUUUGUAUAGUUGUUGUGCUAGGAUAGCUGAACCUCAGUGCGAAUUUUUAGUUUCGGAAAUUAUGGUAUACGGGGAUUACGGUAGCACAGCGUUCCGGGGUUUUUGCCGACGAUCGGUGUCCAAAGAAUAAAAAAAAAUAGGCUUUGCGGUUUUAUGAGUAUUUGGCCAGUGAAUUUUAGCAAUCGGGGGGUGCUGUAUGAUCACCAUGAAAAUGCCGUAACUCCAAAGCCUCCUUUUAUUUCCUGAAUUUUUGAUAUGUUGUUACAUCCAUGCCAAAGUAUUUUUGAAAGGCUUCAAAAGUUGAGACGAGCUUUCGGCAUAAAAGUUAUAUUCAAAAUGUCAUCUGGGUAUUUUGCAAAGUAUGCAAAGGCUACAUCCAACGACAAAAGUGUCAAUUACAAAAAUGUUCCGCAUUGUCAAAAAUUUAAAACGGUGAUGUUUUGUUCUUUUAUCCCUUCCGGUUUUUACACACCAGCCCAAUCUUUCUGAAAAUUGUACCUACCUUUCUUCCAGGAUAAAGAAUACUCGAUACCGUAACUUCUGAAACUGAAAAUUUGUGCAGCUAUUCGUACAACGACUACGCAAAAUGUCAAAAAAUUCUGACGAUGAGAUCGUCGUUUUUUGGAAGCGUCCGGUUUUAAUUGCCAUUCUGCUUUGAUUUUCUCUCGGCUACAAGUUUUAGUUACCGAAUCUUUUAUCCGACUUCGGUGGACAACUCGGUCUGUGGAUGGGAGUCUCUGUGAUCACCAUCAUGGAGGUGUGCAUCCUCAUCACCGAAGUCGUCAUCGGAUUUUGCUCCACAUUCUUCUGUUGUCAUCGAACAAAGAGACCGCCAGAAAUUUCCGCGCAGGAUCCGGCUCAUUUGAACGGUCGGGCCAUCCCUUAUAUCGACCAAGGACCCGUCAAAACAUGCGAUUUUAUCCGAAGUUUCAAAUAA